GCAGGGAGGGGUGGAUGGAAGAGUGGGUGGGAGGCGAGCCUUAGAUUGCCGGUCCCUGGAGAAAUUAGGAACUUGGAAGUUCACCUUUUCCAGCGAAACGGGGCGGCGCUGAGGGUGGGGGUAGGCGAGGGCAAAGGAGUCUGCCCUGGCUAAAUGCCCCCCUCCGCCCAAAACACACCUUCGUCUUCGAUCUCGCAACGCACUGGAGAAGGGGCAAGUGGCAGACUUUCCUCCCUCAGCCAGGUGGGAACUGGCCACGGUGAGGGAGUCCGCCUCUGCCUCUCUCUGCCGAGGCGCUGACUUGGGCGGUUUCCUAUUCCCCUCCGGACCACAGCCUGGAGCUUGGGGAGCCCUUCCUGAUGCCUCUGGCCACCUGCCUCGGAGUCCUGUGGACCUGACUCCAGUGCUGAUGUGCCUGGACAUCCAUGCAUUCACUCUUCCUCGUCCUCGCUAUGCUCUUAUCUUCCAGGCGCGGACAUCUCCUCAGCCACUGUGGCAACAGAUGCAGGCCCAAUUCCAAGCUGUGGGGUGAUGAGAAAGUAGAGUUUCCACUCAGGGGUGGAAGUGGAGGUAGAGGCAGACAAGAGACAAUGGAAUUAUUUCAGGUUCUAGGAGUGCCAGGAAGAAAGGAAGACGUGUAGGGGGUUGGGGGGAGGGCCUCUCUUAAGUGUUCUCAGAGGGGACAGCUGGGUCAAAGGCAGGGGGGGAGGGGGAAGACGAGUGUGCUUGGAGCAAGUGAGUAGGGGGAGCCUGGGAGAAAAUGAGAUGACAGUAUGGGCCCAAGGAAGGAUCUGGACUUUAUUCUAAAAUCAGCAUGAAUUCAUGGAAGCUUGAGGAAGAUGUUAAUGAGCUCCCCAGUGUCCUGAGCUUUCUCAGCAUUUUCUGAUGAGGGCCAGGGGCUGUGGCCAAGCCAGCUGACUCUCCUGCCAACCCCAGUUGACCAUGGCCCCUCCUUUUCUUUUUUCUUUUUGGCUUUUUAGGGCCACAUUGGGGGCACAUGGAAGUUCCCAGGUUAUGGGCCAAAUCGGAGCUACAGCCACUGACCUAGCCACAGCAACUCAGGAUUUGAGCCACAACUUCGAACUGUACCACAGCUCAUGACAAUGCCAGAUCUACUGAGCGGGGUCAGGGAUAGAACCGUGUCCUUGUGAAUAGUGAUCAGGUUCGCUGACCGCUGAGCCUUGAAGGGAACCCCCAACCAUGGCCCCUUCUGACGCUCUGGGUUCUCCUAUGAAAACUGGGAGUGUUAAUUCCUACUUCACUUGGUGCACACCUGGCCCAACCUGUUGUCAUCCUACCCCACAGGGCCUGCCACCCGUCCCACAGAAUGCCUGAGGGCCCUGAGCUGCAUCUGGCCAGCCACUUUGUGAACGAAGCAUGCGGGGAGCUGGUGUUUGGCGGGUGUGUGGAGAAGUCACCUGUCAGCCGCAACCCUGAGGUGCCAUUUGAGAGCAGUGCCUACCACAUCUCAGCCCUGGCCCGAGGCAAGGAGCUGCGCCUGACGCUGAGCCCCCUGCCUGGGGCCCAGCCCCCACAGGAGCCAUUGGCCCUUGUCUUCCGCUUUGGCAUGACCGGCUCCUUCCAGCUGGUGCCCAGAGAUGCACUGCCGCCCCAUGCCCAUCUGCGCUUUUACACGGCUCCACCCAGCCCCCAACUUGCCCUCUGCUUCGUGGACAUCCGUCGCUUUGGCCGCUGGGAACUUGGAGGCGAGUGGGAUCCAGGCCGUGGGCCGUGUGUUCUGCUGGAGUAUGAGCAGUUCAGGGAGAAUGUGUUACGAAACCUAGCAGACAAGGCCUUUGACCGGCCCAUUUGUGAGGCCCUCUUGGACCAGAGGUUCUUCAAUGGCAUUGGCAACUAUCUGCGGGCAGAGAUCCUACACCGGCUGAGGAUACCCCCCUUUGAGAAGGCCCGCACGGUUCUGGAGGCACUGCAGCGGCACAGGCUGAGUCCGGAGCUGACCCUGAGCCAGAAGAUCAAGGCCAAGCUGCAGAACCCAGACCUGCUGGAGCUGUGCCACUCAGUGCCCAAGGAAGUGGUCCAGCUUGGGGGCAAAGGCUAUGGGCCGGAGAGCAGGGAGGAGGACUUUGCUGCCUUCCGAGCCUGGCUGCGGUGUUAUGGCACACCGGGCAUGAACUCCCUGCGGGACCGGCAUGGCCGCACCAUCUGGUUCCAGGGGGAUCCUGGACCCCUGGCACCCAAAGGGGGCAAGUCCCGCAAGAAGAAAUCCAAGGGAGCACAGCAGGGCCCUGAGGACAGAGUGGAGGAUCCUACACUUCAAAACAAGGCCACUUUAAGGACACGAAGGACACAGAGAGGCCUUGAGCAGAGUACAGCCCAGCAGCCCAAGGGGACCAGCCUCCAACAGGACCCAGAAACCCCCCUAGUCCCUGAGAAAGGGAAGAGGAGGAGGCGACAGGCAACCUCAGGCCGCCGCAGGCCCCAAAAGAUCACAGGUGACACCCCAUCCUUGGAGCCUGAGGGGACAUCAGCCUCUUAACAGGAGGUUCUCCUUGCCUGCAUCCACCCCUUCCUGCUGCCCUGCUCUGGAUCUGGCCUGUGUGGCUUCCUAGAAGUUGCAGGGAACUGGAUGCCCUUGGCCCUAUAGCCAUUCCCUAUACAACUAUGAUGUUUUUAAUUAUACCCUACCUUCCCCACUUUUUAAGCCCACAUAAAAAUGCUUUAAUUUUUAAUAAACUGAUAAACUUGAA